AUGGCCUUCUCAUCCUCAACAUCGGCCAUCUUGGCCCGAGUCGCCGCCCUCACGCUUCUCAUAUCAACCGCCCUGGCAAGGACCAUCGAGCUCGACUGGAACAUUGGAUGGGUUCUCUCCAACCCCGAUGGCGCCUUUGAUAAGCCAACCAUUGGCGUAAACGGCCAGUGGCCUCUGCCUCUCAUCGAGGCAACAAAGGGCGAUAGGCUCGUUCUCACCGUCCACAACCACCUCGGCAACGCGAGCACCAGUCUUCACUUCCACGGCCUGUUCCAGAAUGGCACCAACCACAUGGACGGCGCCGUCGGUGUCACCCAGUGCGCCAUUCCCCCUGGUUCCUCAUUUACCUAUGAUUUCAAGUUUGAUCAAGUCGGCAUCUACUGGUACCACGCGCACAACGACGGAACCUACCCCGAAGGUCUCCGCGGUCCUCUCUUGAUCCACGACCCCAAGGGUCCCUACGAGGGCAAGUAUGACGAAGAGCUCGUCCUGACUCUCUCCGACUGGUACCACCAGUCCACCCGCACCCUCAUCAAGGAGCUCAUCAGCGUCGAGAACCCUACCGGCGCCGAGCCCGUCCCCAACGCCGCCCUCCUCAACGACACCCAGAACCUCCAGGUCAAGGUCCAGCCGGGUAAGACCUACCUGAUCCGCAUGGUCAACAUUGGCGCUUUCGCCUCCCAGUACAUCUGGUUCGAGGGCCACACCCUGCGCGUCGUCGAGGUCGACGGCGUCUGGACCGACGAGGCCGAGGCCGAGAUGCUCUACAUCGCCCCCGCCCAGCGCUAUAGCGUGCUCCUGACCACCAAGAAGGACGCCUCGGAGAACUUUGCCAUUGUGGGCUCCAUGGACGAGGAGCUUUUUGACGUCAUCCCCGACGGCCAGGACUCGAACGUCACCGGCUGGCUCGUUUACGACGACAAGAAGCCCCUGCCCGAGCCUGCCACCGUCGACGAGUUCGACCCCUUUGACGACUUUGAGCUGGUUCCCUAUGACAAGCAGGAGAUUUACGAAAAGGUCGAUUACUCCUUCGAGCUCUCCGUCAAGAUGGACAACCUCGCCGACGGCGCAAACUACGCCUUCUUCAACGACAAAACCUACGUCCUCCCCAAGGUCCCCUCCCUCUACAGCGCCCUCACCGUCGGCGCCGACAACGCAGCGAACCCCCGCGUCUACGGCACAAACUCCAUCGCACACGUCCUCAAGCACAACGAAAUCAUCGAAAUCGUCCUCAACAACGAAGACGACGGCAAGCACCCCUUCCACCUCCACGGCCACCAGUUCCAGGUAGUCCAUCGCUCCGAGGAAGACGCCGGCGCGUUCUCCAACGAUAGCGAUGUUAGCUUCCCCCGCUACCCGCUUCGCCGCGAUACCCUCAUCGUCGAGGGCAACGGUAACUUUGUCAUACGCUUCAAGGCGAACAACCCGGGCGUGUGGCUCUUCCACUGCCAUAUUGAGUGGCACAUGGACCAAGGGCUCAUUGCGACCAUUAUCGAGGCACCUGAUGUCCUUCAGGGGCUGGAGGUGCCUAAGGACCAUCUUGAGGUGUGCCGCGCCGGUGGAGUGCCGACUAAGGGUAAUGCGGCUGGUAACACCAAGGACGUGCUGGAUCUCACCGGCGAGAACAGGCCUGUGGGACCUUUGCCUGAGGGGUUCACGCCCAAAGGCUACGUUGCCAUGUUUUUCAGCUGCGUGGCUGCGUUUAUGGGUCUGGCUGUUAUUUCAUGGUACGGUGUUUUGGAAUCUGAUAAGCAGUCGAGCGUUGAGGAUUCUGGUUCCGAUGCGGCAAACCGAGAUGAAAAUGAUUUUGAGUUUACAUUUAUCAAUCUGAUUAUACAAAGAGACAUGUCUCAUCGUGUGCCUUUGACUCAAGCUGGAUUCAACGUAUACUGGCCCCGUCUUAGCCAUCACACUAUGUAA